GAGUGAAGUACAACAAAGUAUAAGCAAAUAGUACCCCAACAGGUAUCCCUUGGCCAAGCUAAUCAUAUCCUACUAGCUAGUAUAAAAAAAAUACAGAAUGGGUGAAGUCAAUACCAACAACAAUGAUGAGCAGCAGCCCAAAGAAUACAAUAUUUCUCCAGUGAUCGGAGAAUGGUUCUCUGAGAUUAGCCCAAUGUGGCCUGGAGAGGCACACUCAUUAAAGGUAGAGAAGCUACUAUUUGAAGGAAAAUCCGAGUACCAGAAGGUGAUGGUGUUUGAAUCGUUGACUUACGGCAAGGUGUUGGUUCUGGACGGCGCAAUUCAGCAGACCGAAAGGGAUGGAUGUGCUUAUCGGGAAAUGAUAACCCACCUCCCGCUCUGCUCCAUCCAGACCCCGAAGACGGUUCUCGUCGUCGGGGGUGGGACCGGAGGCGUACUGCGGGAGGUGGCACGUCAUCCUUCCGUCAACCGCGUAGAUAUCUGCGAAAUCGAUGGAAUGGUGAUUGAUGUGGCGAAACGGUUCUUCUCGGAAGUGGCGGUUUGGUACGAGGAUCCUCGGGUCGUGCUUCGUGUUUGUGAUGGAUCCGCUUUCGUGAAAGCGGUUCCUCACGGAACAUACGAUGCAAUCAUAGUGGAUUCGUCGGAUCCAAUUGGUCCGGCCAAACCUUUGUUUGAGGAGGCUUUCUUGGAGUCAAUUGCCAAAGCUCUUCGCCCUGGAGGAGUAGUUUGCAUGCAGGCUGAAAGUAUGUGGCUUCACAUGCACAUGAUCCAAGACGUUUUUACCAAAUGCAAGCAAAUCUUCAAGGGCGGAUGUGUUAAUUAUGCUUGGACCACUGUUCCUACUUACCCAAGUGGAGUCAUUGGUUUCAUCCUUUGUUCAACUUAUGGACCUGUACCCGUUGACUUUAAACAUCCAAUUAACCCAUUAGCUGAUCAGAGUGAUGGAGAUGAUGAUCGCGACAAUCAACCAUUACAGUUCUACAACACUCAGAUUCAUUCUGCAGCAUUCUGCUUGCCAACAUUUGCAAAGAAUUUAAGUAUUUAAUUGUUUGAUGUAAUUGAUGAUAAAUUAAAAAGGCGACCUAUAUAUGGCAUUAUAUACCGACUACCACUACCAGUGUGUGUUUUAUUUCAUAAAGUAUUGGAAUGAUUAUGCCCAGUUUUAUUUUUAUAAGCAUUGUACAACCAACUAUAUUUCAUAUCAAUUUCAUAUUAAUGCAAUGUUGUAUUAACUAAUAUUUAC